CUUCCUCUCGCCAACCGUCUCCUCAACUCCACCCUCCUCACGCUUCGAAGCAACACCAUCGCUCGUCUCCGAGAACGCACCACCCACUUCACCGCCUCGCCGGCUGCUCCCCUGCUUCCACCUCCGCCGCCGCCGCCAUGGUGCUUGAGGCGACGAUGAUCUGCAUCGACAACUCGGAGUGGAUGCGGAACGGGGACUAUCGCCCGUCGCGGUUCGCGGACCAGUCCGACGCCGUCGGCAUCGUGUGCAACCUAAAGAUGCAGGCGAACCCAGAGAGCACGGUGGGGGUGUUGGCCAUGGCGGGCACGGGCCCGGGCGUCAACGUGAUCGUCACGCCCACCGAUGACGUCGGCAAGGUCCUCGCAAGCAUGCACGGGCUGGAAAUUGGUGGUGAAGCAAACUUAACUGUUGCUAUCCAGGUCGCUCAACUUGCACUCAAGAAUCGGCAGAACAAGCAGCAGCAGCAGAGAAUAAUUGUUUUUAUUGGCAGCCCAGUACUAGAUGAUAAGUAUGCGCUAGAGGCAAUCGGAAAAAGGCUGAAGAAGAACAAUAUUGCUAUUGAUGUUGUUGACUUUGGUGAAUCUGGCAAUGAAAAGCCUGAGAAACUAGAAGCUCUUGUUGCUGCAGUGAGUAGUGGAGGCAAUAGUCAUAUAAUUCAUGUCCCUCCCGGAGAAUAUUUACUUUCUGAUGCCAUCAUCAGUUCACCAAUAUUAGCACAAGGCAAUGAAAGUGGUUUUGGUUCUGUAGCCAGUGGAGCGUCUGGUUUCGAAUUUGGUUUGGACCCAGAGCUGGCCCUAGCACUUCAGAGCAUAGGCCAAAGGCAAUCUUCAACCUCCAAUGAUGACACUGUUAUGGUUGAGGCGGAAUCUGAACCAAAUCUUUGUACUGAUGAUAAAAGAAAUCUGCAGAAGGAUGAGGAGGAUCAGCUAUUGCAACAAGCUAAUGAGAUGUUGAUAGAAUAUGGUAACCAUAGAGCUUUACAUGCUGCUGAUGACGAACUGUUUGAUGUUGAUGAGGUGGCUUUAGUUCUUCAGAUGUCUGUUCAGGAAGAAGAAACUGGCACUCAGUCUGACAUGAGUGAAUUGUUUGAUAACCAACCAUUUGCGCAAUAUGUCACUUAUGCACUUCCUGGUGUCGACCUUAACAAUCUAUCUAACAAGGAUCUGCAGGAAUGGCAUGAACUAUUGAUUGGCACAAGCGAGGCAAAGAAGCAACGCAAGAAGCAAAAAAAGAAGCAACACAAGAAGCAACAAAAGAAGCGUGAGGGCUGAGGAGAAGAAAGAUGAACCUGAAGGUGACGAGUCAAUUGCUAGCCCCUUGCAAGCUACAUUGUGAGAUUCGACUGAAAAUUAAACUCCCCAUCGUGCCCGCGCAGCUGUGCGGUGCAACUGUAAGUAUGUGCCCGAUGAUUUCCGGGGUUUUCCAUUCUGGGUGUAUAGUGGAUCUAGCUUCAAGAUGGAAGUGGUGGUCUCGAAAAUUGAUCAAUGUGGACCUAACCGUUUGUUGAGGUUUACCAUGACCACUGAUGCAGAGCAUAGGGUAGUCUCUGCUGGGAGCGAAGUUACAUUACAUUGCUGUACACAUAGGAUGUCUGGCCUUUCUGAAUUAGAGAACACGCCGUAGAA